UUUCAAGUUAUUCCUCACGAACCGUCCAAGGUCACAACAAAAUGGCUUCAUCUUCAGCUGUCGGAAAGCUUUCACGUGAGGAGUUUCGACGCCAAAAGGACCUCGAUGCUGCCAGAAAAGCUGGAACUGCUCCUGCAGCUCUAGACGAGGAGGGACGGCCUAUCAAUCCUCACAUUCCUCAAUACAUCUCCCAGGCUCCGUGGUAUCUUGACACCGGCGCACCGUCACUAAGCCAUCAACGUCGGCCAUUCGACGAUCGCUCCGCAGACAAACUCGACAACUGGUAUGACCGUGGUGCGAAAGCAGGACCUGCUGCAAAGAAGUACCGAAAAGGCGCAUGCGAAAAUUGCGGCGCAAUGACCCACAAGAAGCAGGACUGUCUUGAGCGUCCUCGGAAGAAGGGGGCGAAGUUCACGAACAAGAAUAUCCAAGCGGACGAGAUCAUACAUGACGUAGCGACGGGAUUUGAUGCGAAGAGGGAUAGAUGGAACGGGUAUGAUCCUGCAGAGCACAAGAAAAUCUAUGAGGAGUACGAAGCUGUUGAGGCAGCACGUCAGAAAUUGAGGGAGGAGGAGAUUGACAACCAAACAACAACAGAUUUGGCUGCGGUGCGGAAGGUGGCAAAAGCUGGAAAAAAGGAGGGAAAGGAGGCUGAUCCUGACUUUGAUGCUGUAGGACAAAAACUUGACACGAAGACUCGCAUUACAGUUCGGAACCUGCGCAUCCGAGAAGAUACCGCCAAAUAUCUCAUGAACUUGGACCCAGAGAGCGCAUACUACGAUCCAAAGACUCGUUCAAUGCGUGACGCUCCCAUGAAGAAUGUGCCUGCUGAGGAUGCGAAAUUUGCCGGGGAUAACUUCUUUCGAUUCUCUGGCGAGGCUCCUGAAGUUCAAGAACUGCAGCUUUUCGCGUGGCAAGCAGCAGCUCGAGGGAAUGACGUUCAUCUCAACGCCAAUCCCACGCAAGGUCAACUUCUUCACCACGAAUUCAAGGAGAAGAAGGAAAUGAUGAAGGAUGUCAACAAAGUCAGCAUUCUAGCAAAGUAUGGUGGCGAGGAGUACCUCGAACACGUGCCAAGGGAGCUGAUAAAUGGGCAAACGGAGGAUUAUGUGGAAUAUUCGCGGACUGGCCAAAUUAUUAAAGGGAAAGAACGCGCUAAAGUGCGGUCAAAGUAUCCAGAGGAUGUUUACGUCAAUAAUCAUACGGAUGUAUGGGGCUCGUGGUACGACCUUUCAAGUAGUACCUGGGGAUAUGCGUGCUGCCAUUCAACCAUCCACAUUUCAUAUUGCGCUGGUGAAGUGGGCAAGGAAGCCGCACAGGCCUCAACGGCCCAAGCCUUGCUUGCAUCAUCAAAUGCUCAAUCAGAGCCCUCUUCCCAGAACAACGAGGCGAGAGCCCGAAUAGAGCAGAAUUACUCGAAGAAGCGAGUAGGCGAAGGAGACGUCUCUCUCGAUAAGGAUCGAUUAGCAGAGGCCAUCAAUGAGGAGAAGAAGCGGAAAGGUAGAGGAGAUAAGGACGAUGAUCGAUCUAGCAAGAAGAUGAAAGGCUUGCAGAGCGGUAGCCACGAUGUUACUGAGGAGGAGCUCGAGGCUUAUCGAAUGACACGCCGGAAUGCUGAAGAUCCCAUGGCAAACUACGUGGACAGCGAAGAUGUAUAUACGCGAUGAUGUAUUUUACCUUGCUUUCUCCUUGCUCUCUCCUAUUCUUUAAUUUGUAGCAUAUUCUUUGCAUCCUGGACACAGAAAGACUAACACCUGUUUUGUAUUUGUCGAACGGCAUUGUUUGGGUCUACGUUAUUCCCAUUUGGUUCACACGAAGUUGAACAACAAGCGAA